GACCCAGCUGUGAUCCAGCACCGACCCAGCCGGCAGUAUGCCACGCUUGACGUCUACAACCCUUUUGAGACCCGGGAGGUGAGCUACUGGAGAGCAUAGGAGUUCAAGGAAGGGAAGGGUUUGCCAGUGAGACAAGUUAGCUUGGGUACAGGGGACUUUUCUGCAUGCACAGGAAGGAAGAGGCACUGUGAUGUUAGUUCCCUGAGAGAGGCUAGUCAGCCAUGGGAUGCCUCAUCCUUCUAGGGCCACCAGGGCCACCAACCCAAAUGGUGUGAGCUCUAAAAGUCAGUCCUGGGAAGAUCUGGAGGCUGGCAAGGCCUUAAGCAAUGCUCUGUAUGGGAAGGCUUUCUUGAAGAAAAUAAAGGUUGGGGCUGCUUGGAGUUUAGGUUAGGUGUGCAGUUUGAAAGCAAGGAAUGAGGAGGACUACACCUGUUUGUCCCACUGGAUUAGAAAAUGCCACCACCAGCCUAUGAGCCUCCAGCUCCUGCCCCAUUGCCUCCACCCUCAGCUCCCUCCUUGCAGCCCUCGAGAAAGCUCAGCCCCACAGAACCUAAGAACUAUGGCUCAUACAGCACUCAGGCCUCAGCUGCAGCAGCCACAGCUGAGCUGCUGAAGAAACAGGAGGAGCUCAACCGGAAGGCAGAGGAGUUGGACCGAAGGGAGCGAGAGCUGCAGCAUGCUGCCCUGGGGGGCACAGCUACUCGACAGAACAAUUGGCCCCCUCUACCUUCUUUUUGUCCAGUUCAGCCCUGCUUUUUCCAGGACAUCUCCAUGGAGAUCCCCCAAGAAUUUCAGAAGACUGUAUCCACCAUGUACUACCUCUGGAUGUGCAGCACGCUGGCUCUUCUCCUGAACUUCCUCGCCUGCCUGGCCAGCUUCUGUGUGGAAACCAACAAUGGCGCAGGCUUUGGGCUUUCUAUCCUCUGGGUCCUCCUUUUCACUCCCUGCUCUUUUGUCUGCUGGUACCGCCCCAUGUAUAAGGCUUUCCGGAGUGACAGUUCAUUCAAUUUCUUCGUUUUCUUCUUCAUUUUCUUCGUCCAGGAUGUGCUCUUUGUCCUCCAGGCCAUUGGUAUCCCAGGUUGGGGAUUCAGUGGCUGGAUCUCCGCUCUGGUGGUGCCAAAGGGCAACACAGCAGUAUCCGUGCUCAUGCUGCUGGUCGCCCUGCUCUUCACUGGCAUUGCUGUGCUAGGAAUUGUCAUGCUGAAACGGAUCCACUCCUUAUAUCGCCGCACAGGUGCCAGCUUUCAGAAGGCCCAGCAAGAAUUUGCUGCUGGUGUCUUCUCCAACCCUGCGGUGCGAACCGCAGCUGCCAAUGCAGCCGCUGGGGCUGCUGAAAAUGCCUUCCGGGCCCCGUGACCCCUGACUGGGAUGCCCUGGCCCUGCUACUUGAGGGAGCUGACUUAGCUCCCGUCCCUAAGGUCUCUGGGACUUGGAGAGACAUCACAAACUGAUGGCUCCUCCGUAGUGCUCCCAAUCCUAUGGCCAUGACUGCUGAACCUGACCGGCGUGUGGGGAGUUCACUGUGACCUAGUCCCCCCAUCAGGCCACACUGCUGCCACCUCUCACACGCCCCAACCCAGCUUCCCUCUGCUGUGCCACGGCUGUUGCUUCGAUUAUUUAAAUAAAAAGAAAGUGGAACUGGAACUGA